UUGUGAAGCGGCAGCGUCCCCCCCCUCGUCGCACUGGAAACCUGUGUUCCUCUCUGUUAUUUCAACCACGUCUCUGCUCUCAGACUCUCUGUGUACACAGGGAUGCGGGGGAAUCCGUGAAGUCGUGAGGGCUGCGGUUGGUUUCAAGGCGAUGAACGUUCACGAUCCUCAGCUCAAUUGGAGGGAAGACGCAGCGCUACCGCUGUCCGCAUGAUAGAGCUUACUUAGUCACAUUAAUGUCGGUUCUAUCAUUCCUAGACGAGUAGAAAAGAAGACCCGGGGAGAGUGUCAUAAGCCGCGUUUGACAGGUGCCCGUCGGCUCCGCUACCGGUCGGGCAGACGAGAUGCCGCCCGUUCAAAGGACGAUGUCGGACCUCCGGUCCCGUGCCGAGGGUUACAAGAACACGGAGGACUCCACGGAGAAGACGUCGAUGGCUGACCAUGGAGACAGCCGGCUGAUAUUCGUCAACCAGCAACAGUAUACAAAGUUCUGCAGCAACAGAGUCAGCACGGCCAAGUACAACCUCCUCACCUUCCUCCCCCGCUUCCUAUACUCCCAGUUCAGGAGGGCGGCCAACUCCUUCUUCCUCUUCAUCGCUCUCCUGCAGCAAAUUCCAGAUGUUUCUCCUACGGGUCGCUGGACCACCCUGGUGCCCUUGCUCUUCAUCCUGGUGGUGGCUGCCGUCAAGGAGGUCAUCGAAGACCUGAAACGCCACAAAGCUGACAAUGUUGUGAACAAAAAAGAAUGUCAAGUGUUGAGGAAUGGCGCCUGGGAGAUCGUGCACUGGGAGAAGGUGGGCGUUGGGGAGGUAGUUCGGGCGGCCAACGGAGACCACCUUCCGGCUGACCUGGUCAUACUCUCCUCCAGUGAACCACAAGGUAUGUGCUACAUCGAAACCUCCAACCUGGACGGAGAGACCAACCUCAAAAUCAGACAGGGUCUCCAGGUGACCUCGGAGAUCAAGGACAUCGACAGCCUGGUGCGGCUCUCCGGGCGCAUGGAGUGCGAGAGCCCCAACCGCCACCUCUACGAGUUUGUGGGAAACAUCCGAUUGGAGAGAGACAGCACACUCUCUCUCGGCCCGGACCAGAUCCUGCUGAGGGGGGCUCAACUCCGAAACACCCAGUGGAUCCACGGAGUGGUGGUCUACACAGGACACGACACCAAGCUCAUGCAGAACUCCACCCGUCCCCCUCUGAAGCUAUCCAACGUGGAGCGCAUCACCAACUUCCAGAUCCUGGUGCUGUUCGGCUGCCUGCUGGCCAUCUCUCUGGUGUGCUCCAUCGGACAGACCAUCUGGAAGUACCAGUACGGCAACGAUGCCUGGUACAUGGACCUCAACUACGGCGGUGCCGCCAACUUUGGCCUCAACUUCCUCACCUUCAUCAUCCUCUUCAACAACCUGAUUCCCAUCAGCCUCUUGGUCACGCUGGAGGUCAUUAAGUUCAUCCAGGCCUUCUUCAUCAACUGGGACACUGACAUGCUGUACGAGCCGACCAACACACCUGCCAUGGCUCGCACCUCCAAUCUCAACGAGGAGCUAGGCCAGGUGAAAUACAUCUUCUCGGACAAAACGGGCACCCUGACCUGCAACGUGAUGCAGUUCAAGAAGUGCUCCAUCGCCGGCGUGACCUACGGUCACAACCCAGAGGCAGAGGAGGGUAGUUUUGCAGAGGAAGACCGGCACAGCACGCAAUCGUCAGAGGAGGCUGAGUUUAAUGACCCGAGCUUACUGGAAAACCUCCAGAGUAAUCACCCUACAGCAGGCGUGAUCCUGGACUUCAUGACCAUGAUGGCUGUAUGCCACACAGCCGUACCGGAGCACACCGAUGGAUCCAUCUCCUACCAGGCCGCUUCUCCCGACGAGGGAGCCCUUGUGAGGGCCGCACGCAACCUGGGCUUCGUUUUCACAGGCCGGACCCCCGACACGGUCAUCCUGGACUCGAUCGGGAAGGAGGAGAAGUAUGAACUGCUGCAUGUGCUGGAGUUCACAAGCACGAGGAAGAGGAUGUCGGUCAUCAUACGCACCCCAUCCGGAAAGAUCCGCCUCUACUGCAAAGGAGCCGACACUGUGGUCUACGACCGCCUCGCCGACAGCUCCAGGUACAAAGAGAUCACACUGAAGCACCUGGAAACGUUCGCCACCGAGGGGCUGCGCACUCUGUGCUUUGCUGUGGCGGAGGUCAGCGAGUCGACCUACCAGCAGUGGCUGGAGAUCCACCAGAGGGCCUCCACCUCGCUGCAGAACCGCUCCCUCAAGAUGGAGGAGACGUACGAGCUCAUAGAGAAGAACCUGCUGCUGCUGGGGGCCACGGCCAUAGAGGACAAGCUGCAGGACAAGGUGCCCGAGACCAUCGAGACCCUCAUCAAGGCCGACAUCAAGAUCUGGAUCCUGACCGGGGACAAGCAGGAGACCGCCAUCAAUAUCGGACAUUCUUGCAGACUGCUGACCAAGAACAUGGGCAUGCUGGUGAUCAACGAGGACAGUCUGGAUGCGACCAGGGAGACUCUAGGCUACCACUGUGGGAUGCUGGGAGACGCCCUGUACAAGGAGAACGACUUCGCCCUGAUCAUUGACGGCACCACCCUGAAGUACGCGCUCACGCUCGGGGCGCGCCAGCACUUCCUGGACCUGGCCCUCUCCUGCAAGGCCGUCAUUUGCUGCAGGGUGUCUCCGCUGCAGAAGUCUGAGGUGGUGGAGCUGGUGAAGAAGCAGGUGAAGGUGAUCACCCUGGCCAUCGGCGACGGGGCCAACGACGUGGGCAUGAUCCAGACGGCGCACGUGGGCGUGGGCAUCUCGGGGAACGAGGGUCUGCAGGCCGCCAACUCCUCCGACUACUCCAUCGCCCAGUUCAAAUACUUGAAGAAUCUGCUGCUGGUGCACGGGGCCUGGAAUUACAACCGCGUUGCCAAGUGUAUCCUGUACUGCUUCUAUAAGAACAUUGUCCUCUACAUCAUCGAGAUCUGGUUUGCGUUCGUCAACGGUUUCUCGGGACAGAUCCUCUUCGAGCGCUGGUGCAUCGGCCUGUACAAUGUGAUCUUCACGGCUCUACCUCCUCUCACUCUGGGCAUAUUUGAGCGUUCCUGCAGGAAAGAGAACAUGCUGAAGUACCCAGAACUCUACAAAACCUCACAGAAUGCAAUGGGGUUCAACACCAAGGUUUUCUGGGCCCAUUGUUUGAACGGCCUCUUCCACUCCGUCAUCCUCUUCUGGUUCCCCCUCAAAGCCUUCCAGCAUGACACGGUGUUUGGCAACGGGAAGACGCCCGACUAUCUCCUCUUGGGCAACAUGGUUUACACAUUUGUGGUCAUCACAGUUUGUCUGAAAGCCGGACUAGAGACCUCGUCCUGGACCAUGUUCAGCCACAUCGCCAUCUGGGGCAGCAUCGGCCUGUGGGUGGUGUUCUUCGGGAUCUACUCCUCCCUCUGGCCCUGGAUCACGCUGGCCCCCGACAUGUCCGGAGAGGUAAACGAUAAACAAUCGCACACGUACAAACGACAACGGUUGAGUGACAUUGAAAGACUAACGAAAAAAACAAGAGCGCACACUGACGGACGCACAAACUAUAACAGAGACAUGAACACUAGCAGACACACCAACAUCACCAGACACACAAACUCUAGCAGACACGUGUACAAACUACAACAGUUGAGGAACACUAAAAGACUAACAAACAAACAAGAGCGCACACUGACAGAUGCACAAACUAUAACAGAGACACUAACACUAGCAGACACACAACAGAAGACACGCGUGCUGUAGCAGAACAUUUAGGGCUACUAGCACGAGGCGAGACGAGUUUCAGAUGGACCCCAACAAUGGGAUGAGAUGCCUAAACAGGGCGCACACAAUCUCAACACACAGACACACACAAACACGUGUGUAUUCUGUCUCACUAUUGCUGUAAACAAUGCGAAUGAACACGGAUACACUUCAGGAGGCGUAAACAAAACACACAGAAGCUUUCACUUAGCCAGAUAUUCCCACAGUUGGGCUAACCGAGACGCAACACACACACUCACACAACCACACACACAAAACCACACACACAAACACACACUGAUUACAUGUAAGCAGACGUAACCACACAAGCUCAUCAACCCAGGUCACGUAUAUAUACAGAGGGGAUGCACACACAUUCACACACAUUGUAACAGACACACACACCUCUUUUUUGUGCGUGCGUUCCUGUCGCACAAAGACAAACCUUUGAUCAUGACGUGGCCCAUCACUCAUUACCUCAGGAUCCCUUAAAUCAUCAGACGCCGUGAACUCAACCCGGGUGCGUUUUUUCUUUUUCUUCCAUUUUUUUUUUGGGAUUCUUGUUGUAUAACCUGACACUGGGGGUCUAUGAGCCGAACCAGAGGGGGGGUCCCACCUCUGGCUUGUGUUAUGUAAUGACUUAAUUGGGCCAAUUAGCCAUGUGUUUGGGUUACGUCGCUCUCGCUCGCCCCUGAGUAUCCACAGGUGACGUUGGGACUGUAUUCAUUUGGACACACACACACACACACACACACACACACACACACACACACACACACACACACACACACACACACA